AAUUGAAAGCACAUGGUCCAAAUCAACUAAAUAUGAAUAGUUGCAGGUACUUUCAUAUUCAAAUUCAAUGUUUUUUGUACUUUUAAAUUAUUAGUAGGUCACUGAAAUCUUUAUUUUCAAACAUUGUUGAAAAUGAUCAACCCUCAACUAAUUAUAGAGGUAGACUAAAUACAGAAUGAGUUAUGAGUGCUUGAAAAUAACACAGUGAGUACAAUAUAGCAGCAUUAAAGUACUUUAGAGAGAGACUUCAAAUAUGAGAUUUAAAGGAAGGACGCUGAAACUAUUGGCUGUUUUCCUCCUAUGCGGCAUCAUAUUAUAUUUUAUCAUCUACCAGCGAAGGGAAAUACACAGAAUGACUUAUUACCCAAAACUAGAACUUGAUGUAUCUGUGGAUGUAGACAAGCAAUAUGGGACCUAUUUACAAGCAAAUACUACAAAAGGGGAUGUUUCCCCGCUGCAUUACACUGGACAAAAACUGAAUACAUCUGUAUGGACAAACUGCAAACCACCACUUGAUCGCUCCAUUGGCCUGGACAGAAAUCAAGCCAAAAGCUACACGAAUCUCAUCUCAUAUGUUAAUAGGAGUUUCACAGCUGGGAAUGUAAGCAUUGUUAUAGUCGGUGGAGCCGCCAUAGGAAGUUAUCUAUUCCAUGACUACCUCCCUUGGGAUGAUGAUGUCGAUUUGAAUAUACUUGACACCGACAUUCCAAAAGUUGUUAAGUUCCUCAUUCAUAUGAUUAAGACCACUGAUAAUGGAUUAUAUGUGCAUGAGUACGAACAUAGUGAAAUUAGCCUAUUUCGUUGGUCAUGUGACAACAGAACAGAUAUAUCCCAUAGAGGUGAAGAACUCACACGUGUCUUAAGUGACACGACAAAGCUAAUUUUGUUUAAAAUAUUCAGGUGUCGAGAUAAUUAUGCUGGAAGAUACAUAUGGAAAUUUCCAUUCGCUGAUAUCAGCAUAUUCCAGAGCAACAAAACCCACUUAUGGCAAAUCGCUGAUAAGAAGAUAUAUCUAAAGGAGAAGAUUUUUCCGACCAAAUUCAGACCGCUUAAUUCGGAAUGGUUUCCUACUCCCAGGGACACCUUGUAUUAUUUGAGAACAUUGCUACCAGAAUUUUGGUGCAUGAUUGGAAUAUGGGACCACGAUUUUGAGCUACCGCAGAAAGAAACAAAAUAUGACUGUGCCAGUAUUACUAAGUGCUAUCCCAUAGUUUAUCGCUAUCCUCAUAGACAAGGUUCUCUGGAGGUGUUGGCUCUCAAUGGUAUGGUUCUCCAUAAAGUUAUCAUUCCUGGCAAAUAUGAUAGGAAUCUACUUCCAAAGCAACCAUUGUCAGUUUGGUGAUUUUGGAUUUAGUGUCAAAAAC